AUGGCGACUAAUAUUACUUGGCAUCCAAAUCUUACUUACGAUGAACGCAAGGCAUUGAGAAAGCAGGACGGUUGUACCAUUUGGUUAACAGGUCUAAGCGCGUCAGGAAAAAGUACAAUUGCCUGUGCACUGGAACAGUUGCUGCUUCAAAAAAACCUGUCUGCGUAUAGAUUGGAUGGUGAUAACAUUCGUUUUGGUCUAAACAAGGACUUAGGCUUCUCUGAAAAGGACAGAAAUGAAAACAUUCGUAGAAUUAGCGAAGUUUCUAAACUAUUUGCUGAUUCAUGCGCUAUUUCAAUCACCUCAUUUAUCUCCCCAUACAGAGUUGAUAGAGAUAGAGCUCGUGAACUACAUAAGGAGGCUGGUUUGAAGUUCAUUGAGAUAUUCGUUGAUGUUCCAUUAGAAGUUGCUGAGCAAAGGGACCCUAAGGGCUUAUACAAGAAAGCUAGGGAGGGUGUAAUUAAAGAGUUUACAGGCAUUUCUGCUCCUUAUGAAGCACCAAAGGCUCCAGAACUGCAUUUGAGAACUGAUCAAAAGACGGUGGAAGAAUGCGCCACCAUCAUUUAUGAGUACUUAAUUAGUGAAAAAAUCAUCCGUAAGCAUCUAUAA